AACGCCGGUACAUACGGGUCAUUCGCGACCGUACCCGCUGCUUCUCCGCCACCUUCCCCCCGGACUGAGGAGUCUCUCGGCCGCUGGUAGUGCCAGUGUUAUAUGCCACGAUGGACCCGCUAGUCGCUGCAAUUGACCAGGGCACGAGCUCUACGAGGUUUCUGGUGUUCAAUGCAAAAACAGCUGAGCUGAUGAGUCACCACCAAGUGGAGAUCAAGCAAAGUUUCCCCAAGGAGGGCUGGGUGGAGGAGGACCCCAAAGAGAUAAUGCAGUCGGUGUACGAGUGCAUGGAGAGGACCUGUGAGAAACUCCAUCAGCUCAACAUCGAUAUCUCCAACAUAAAAGCGGUGGGGGUGACGAAUCAGAGAGAGACCACCCUGGUUUGGGACAAAGAGACUGGAGAGCCACUCUACAACGCCAUUGUCUGGCUGGACCUGCGCACACAGUCCACAGUGGAGAGUCUCAUCAACAAAGCUCCGGGUCGGAACAAGAACCACCUCAAGGCCAAGACGGGCCUUCCCAUCAGCCCCUACUUCAGUGCAGUGAAGCUGCGCUGGCUGCUGGACAACGUGGAGGAGGUGCGGCUGGCCGUGCGCAGUCAGAGAGCCCUGUUUGGCACGGUGGACUCCUGGAUCAUCUGGUGCCUGACGGGGGGCGAGAACGGGGGGGUGCACUGCACAGACGUCUCAAACGCUAGUCGCACCAUGCUCUUCAACAUUCACAGCCUGGACUGGGACCCUGAGCUCUGCAGAUACUUUGACAUCCCGAUGGAAAUCCUCCCCGAAGUCCGAAGCUCCUCUGAGAUAUACGGCUGGAUGAAAUCCAGCUUCCUUGCAGGAGUCCCCAUCUCAGGGUGUCUUGGGGACCAGUCGGCGGCUCUGGUUGGUCAGAUGUGCUUCCAGGAAGGCCAGGCCAAAAACACGUAUGGGACCGGCUGCUUCCUGCUCAGAAAUACAGGGAGAAAGCCUCUGACGUCGGACCACGGCCUGCUGACCACAGUCGCCUACAAACUGGGGAAAAACGAGCCCGCCUGCUAUGCACUGGAGGGUUCCGUGGCCAUAGCAGGAGCGGUGGUGAGGUGGCUGAAGGACAACCUGGGUAUCGUGCAGUCUUCUGAAGAGAUCGAGAAGCUGGCAGCUGCAGCCGGCACGUCUUACGGCUGCUACUUUGUGCCGGCCUUCUCCGGCCUCUACGCGCCGUACUGGGAGCCCAGUGCACGAGGCAUCAUCUGUGGGCUCACUCAGUUCACCAACAGGAACCACUUGGCUUUUGCUGCCCUGGAGGCCGUCUGCUUUCAGACCAGAGAGAUCCUUGAUGCGAUGAACCAGGACAGCGGCACCCAUCUGACGCAGCUGCAGGUGGAUGGAGGCAUGACCUCCAACAGGUUACUGAUGCAGCUGCAGGCCGACAUCCUCUGCAUCCCCGUAGUAAAACCCACGAUGCCAGAGACCACGGCGCUGGGUGUGGCCAUGGCGGCGGGGGCAGCCGAGGGGGUAGGCGUGUGGAGCCUGAGCCCCAGUGAUCUACCGCACGCCACGUCUGAGAAAUUCCAGCCUCAGAUCAACUGUGAGGAGAGCGAGUUCCGCUUUGCUCGCUGGAAGAAGGCGGUCCAGAGAUCCAUGAACUGGGAGACCACAGAGCCCUGCUGCAAUGCCAACGGUUUAGGAGAGAAGAUGAAUGGUGCACCCUGGGGGGCUCCGCCCACUCCUCCCCCCACCAGAGCAGGCCUCUAAGGUGUGACGUGUUGUGGUGGUCCAGCUCUAACUUGUGGCCAUCACUAACCCAGAGUUGGAGGGCCUCACCGAUGCAGAUCCACAUGUGCUUUACUCUGAUCCUACGUCAGCCAAUGAGACCCAUUAUCCCCAGAUGUAGCUGGUUCCAGGCCUUCAUGGGAAUAUGGAAACCCAUGGAGCAGGACUGGAGGACAGGAUGCGCAUCGUUCCAGCAGCGGAGGAAAGCUCGAGUCCCAACAAGCAGCUCCGUUGGUGCCUUCCGUCAACUCUAGACUCAGCUGUUCUCUGAAGUCUUGCAGCUGGCUUUAAUAGGGAUUCUGCACCAUUUAAGUCAAUGGUUUUAGGUGUGAUGCGUUUGUAACUCUGGAAUGUAUGAGAUUAGUUGGACUAAUUCUGCUUUUUAAAAGUUGCUGCAUACCGUACAUCAUGUUAAAGUGGGGUUUUAAGGACUGAGCGUUUCUAUUGAUCAUCACCUACCUCAGUAGACUGAAUCCCCCCCCAUACAUUCCAUUAAAGGGCACAUUGAGUAGUCGUUAAAGAACUGUUCAGGUCUGAGACCCACACAUUCACUGAAGAUGAUCUUAAAACUCAUGAAUUUAGAAUGAAAUCUUGUUAAUAUUCUGUCAAUUGUAUAAAUCAGGACUGAUUUACGCUACACUCGUUAGGCUGCCAGGAGCCCUUCACCUCCGAAAUGUGUAGAUAAAUGCUCUAAUCAUGUGAUGAAGAAUUAAAAAUUGUACAUGA